UUCAUCAAUGAUCUCAUGUCUUAUAAUUGUAAUCAAAACAUAUCUACAAAGUGUGCCUGAGUUAAGCAAACACAAUUAUACACAGCAAGUAUUAUCAAAACAAAUUGGACACCAUGAGCAGAUAAUGACUGCAUUGUCUAAACCUAACACCUACAAACUAAUUACCCCUCAAAUGAUGAGCAACUCAAAUUAUGUCUAACAGACCAAUGAACAUUUAGAUUUACAACUUUGAGUUUCAAAAAUUAGAAACUGACCAAUGAAAUUUCCUCCUUCUGUCUGAUGCCAGGUCCUACUCAAACAAAAACCCUGACACCAGAGCUCAGGUCAUGACACUUUGAUUUCAAAGUUCAAAUCUCCUGACCUUGAGUUAAUCAUUGAUUGCGUGUGUAAGAGAUUGGAGCACAAUGGAUCUACGAGUCUAUCACUACAUUGAUGACAUUGAGUCUGAUUCCGAGAAGACCUCCCCGAGUCCAGGUCAGCCUCCCGUGAUUGACCUCUCAGAGGUCAUUGCCACCACCAUAUUCAGUGACCACUCUGAAGACUCCUCCCUCACCGACGACCUUGACAACCUGACCGAUGUGUUUGACCCCUGUAAGACAGACUUGGACGAUUCAGGCGUAUCUCAAGACCAAGGAUUACUGUGUGGGGACAAGCUUCAUGUCCAACAUCGUAGUGCUCUGUCCAGCAUUGAGGUUCUGGAAUUCGACACGGAAGAAAAUGAUGUUUCCAUUGUCACCAACAACUGUCAACCUCUAUCAUCAACUCCUGCUACAAUGCGUACUCAACCAAUGGCGCCUGUAACACCCGGCAACAAGAACAACAGUUUUGUUGGAGACUCCCGAUUCAACGAUUCCCUCAGCAAUUUACUUGGAUCUCCUCCUCCAGAGAGCUCCUUAUACAACAACCCAUUCUUCAACGACCUUCAAGCCGCCCUUGCCAAUGAGUGUACAACAGUGAAAACUUCUCUUCCCCAGUCCUUAUUUGAUGCCCUGACAACUCAGCCCAACAGUGAUGUGUUUUCCAGAGAACAGAUGCUCCAGCAGCGUUUCAACAGUCUGCUACCUGCAUUCCCCAACGACAUUCAGAGCCUGUCCAACUUUUACCAUCAUCAAGCCUCUGAGGUAGAAACAGAGAGAUUCUGUGCGAUACAGCAGAAGGAUUUACCCAGUGAAGUGAAGUACUCCAUGAACUUCCACUACGAUUCCCAGCUCCAUCAAAUCAUGGAUCGAGUAGAACAGAGCCUGAUGCUGCUGGAGAAAACGGAACAGAUGAGCUUCUCCGGUCGACCAAUCAAGCCACGACCUCUACUGUCCAAGCGGGCAGUGCAACUUAUGGAGAAAUGGUACGACAAUCACCUAGAGCAUCCCUACCCCAACAUUGACACCAUCGAGCACCUGGCCACCACCGGGAACAUCACCCCGGAACAAGUGAAGAAGUGGUUUGCCAACAAACGAAACCGCUCCAAUAACACGAGGACCUUGACCGAAAUUGCCAAAAAGAAACGACAGUUGGCCCUGAAGAACAUGGACUGUUACAGUGAAGACUGAGAGUGAUUCCUAAUUUAUGUUGUGUUGUUAUUGUUACAUUCUGAAGUGCUGUUAUGUAUAUGUUUAUUUGUUUACAUACAAAAGCUGCCAAAUUUGUACACUGCAUUAUUUGUUGAAUUUUGUUAUGAAAAUUAAAAAUCUGAAAAUAUAAAAUGAUCUUUUUUUUCCAUAAAUGAACAUGCUUAAAAAUAAGGAGAAAAAAAAAUGAAAGAGAAUAAAAAUGUUAAACUAGCUUACUGGUGAAUUCAAGAUUUUUUUCUUCAACACAGGUUUUCAAUCUUAAAAAUAUAAGUCAUUGUUAAAACUAAAUAGAACCAGCAAGUCCAUAUCAUCAAUUGUUUUAUUGUAAUCUGAAUGUAAGAAUCAGCCAAAGAUAAUGGAAUGAACGGGUCCGGUCUGUUAACACUGCACUGAUUGUCCUAACAAAAACUUGUCACACACAAUGCAGUGAGUAGGAAAAAGUCAAUGGUUCAUUACUGACACAAAGCAGCCACUUUGAUAGAAACCUGGGGACUGUUAAUGUUAAUCUUAUAGACAAUACAAUGCAUUAAUUUUUUUUACUAGUUCUUGCUGACAUAAAGCAAAAUGAAAACUUCAAUCUUUAAACACUAUUACUAACAGGAAACAUGGAAGGACACGCUAAAAAUGAUCUUUUCUUCUACACACAGACAUUAAAAAAUGUGGAGUCAUGAACACAGUAUUUUGUGAACAAGAGCAGUUUUUAAACUUUCAUGGAUCAGGUUGUCUUCUGUAUAAAACACUAAGUUUUGCAUGUCAAAAGCAAAGUACCAGUAUUUCCAUACAGAAUAUUCUGCAGUAGUAAAUCAAAGCAGAUCCGACAUUUCUGGUGGUAAAUUCUGGUAAUCAAUAAUAAAUCAUUUUGUCUGAACUCAAUUUUUUUGUCUUCAGUUUUUUAAUGAUUUUUUAAAAAAAUUUUGUUGAAUGAGUAUUGACUGUCUAACUUGAAUGCAUGUUUAAAAAUUUCACUUUUCACAACACACAAAAAGUAUUAGUUUCAGCCAUUUACACAGUGGGCAAUAAGAUAUUGAGCACUCAUAAGCGAGCCGAGGAAUUUUUUAUUUAUUUUUCUUUCCCAAUAGAAAUAAGACAUAGGUUGUAAAAUGAGAGUUCCACAAAAAAUGGAUGAGAAAAUGUUUACAAGCCGAUGCCUUAGAUCAUAAACAAAUUGAUUGUAGAGUCAAUAUUGACUUGCUCAAAUGUAAGCUACUCAGAACCUAUCAUAAAACUCAACCAAUCAAAAGACAAAUAUCAACGAUUCUUGCUGCUUCGGUUCAAACUUGUUGUCGGUGGGAAAUUUUAACUUGUGAACACUUUAAUGAAUGGAAUUUCCCCUCUACUCACUUGUUUAUGUUUCAUAAAUAAGGAAUAUUACACAACGAGAAAAUUUUGAUGAAAAAACAGAAAAGCUGACCCCUGUCUGGCCUAACUUUUAACUGCUUUCAUGCAUACAACUUAUGUAAUAAUUGGUAUUAUUUCAAACCAGCCACGAAUUCUAGUGCCCCUUUGGAGGAGUGGCUGGGUAAAUUUGACCUGGGUCGUCUCCCUUUAUUAUGACUUGAUUGAGCACAUGUAUUAGUGAAUAUAUUGCUUUCCCAUUCUCUUUAAAUGAAGAUUUCAUUGCUGUCCAAUAUUUUCUAAAGGAUCUGCUUGCAUCAACACUUAUGCUUCAAAGACAUACAUCAUGAUAUCUAUGUACAUUGCAAAACCCUUUAUUUUUUUUUUAAUUUUGAUUUGCAAAGUUGUUAUCUCUUUGAAAUGCUUAACAAAAGCAAGACAAAGUUAAAUAAUAUGGGUCUUAUAAUCUUAACAAACCUGAUUAUCAAUUUUAAAAUGAUUGAAAGGUCCUAAAUACCCUGUGACUUAUACUUUUUAUGCCAGUACGUCACAACCGUGUUGGGAAAUUGAUUAUAUUGACGCGAUUGUGUGUCGAACUUCUUAAUGCAGCAGACUUGGCAUCAGAUAAAAUUCCUGCAGAUACCACGUUUGAAUACACCUGAGUAUUUUUGUUUACCGGUACUUUUAUUGCACAAAUAUUUUAAAAAUUAGGUUUUUUCCAAAAUAUGACAAUUUUUAAAAUCAUUAUCAUAUUGUACAGAUGCUAGAAUACCAUUUAAAAAAAAAAAAUAAGUGACUAUAUACUUUUUGAGAAACUUUUCUGUACGGUGAGGGCUCUUAAGGAACACCUUUGUUCAUGAAUCAUGUAAAUAAUCGAUUUAUUAUCUAAAUCUUAAAAUAUAAGUUCCUGCUCAUUUUUCAAACUGAUUGCAAAACCCUAAUUAAAAAAUUAAUGUUUUCACAUAUUUUUCUUUCAAUAAAAUCUCUUUCCCUAUUCAUUUUUUCAAUUUGUUUUUAUACCCGAUUAAGUAUUUUUUUGGUCUUUCAAUGCUCUUUGUUUACUUUUAAAAUAAUCCUCAAACAAGGAAACAGAAUUAAAUCAGGAAAGUUUAUCACAUACAGAAAUCAGUAUUAACAGGAAUAAUUGAACAUUUGUUAUUAAAGAGCUAUCAUACAAAACAUUGAUUAGCUCCUCUUAGUUUACCACUUAUGAUAUGAUUUAGACUUGAUCGUGAUUUUCCCAGUGAAGAGAGAUCUAAAUUUGCAGUGUUUUUACACUAGACAUUGACUAAGCUUCCCUUUUCCCCAAACAAUCUGGUUUUACAGUCUGUGAUGUGAUA